AGCUAUGCGGGUAAGGUAUAACCAAAACCUAUUAGAGUUAGUAUCACUUAAUGGGACUGUCAACACGGCACGAGACGAUGUUGAUAUAGGCGCUGUACCCGUGAGCAGUGGGGCAUUAGGGUUGGUAUCCGGCGGCGUAAAAUCAACAAGCCUCCGCUUAGGUGGAUUUCGGGAUGGUGCGUUUUGUGAGUUACGAUCGAGCUCACCGGGGCGAGAGCUUAUAGGAGUGGCCACAGAAUUAUUCGUUAGAAGCGGUAAGCCAGGAGGGGCAGUAAGUAACGUAGUGUGCGUGUUAGCAUUAGUUGCGUGGAACGCGGCUAGAACAUCUUUCUUGACUGCGUCCAAGGCAUCCGUGAGACGACAAUCAAAUUCUCCAAGAAGCUCCAGCUUCAGGUUUGAAAGAGCAGCUAGCAUUCCAUUAAGUGAAAAUUCCUUACUGGCGCGUGAUUCAUUGCAGCUAGUGCAGAUCCAAAGAGUUUGUGAGUCAGGACGUUUCAGCUCGGACAUGACCACCUCACACACACUCAAGCAGCCAAAGUGGAGCAGCACAGGAGGGGCAGGAUUCGGCCAUGAUGAAGAAGAAACGAACGACAACACACUAACACACGCGAGGUUGAGUGUAUAUGAUCCCGGCACGAUGCGGUUUUGA